AAAAAUGAAUGGUGGAGCAAGUUUAUUUGCUUUAUUCUUCCUUUUAGUUGUCAACCUAUCUGAAGUCGAUUCCAUUGUAUUGCGACCAGGAAUCGGACAACCAAGACGUUCAGUUGCAUUCCAUGAAGUUAGAGCUAAACGUCAUGCCACAGCAAUGGAUUCAAUCAUUGCACCGCCAGAAAAAGUGCGACUUGCAAGAGCAGCUGCUAAACUUAAUGAGGGAAAAGGUCGACCAGGACGUUCAGUUGGAUUCAAUAGUCGAUUUGUAAGAGAUUUUAACGAUUUUAUGAAAACGAUUGCUAAAGUUCGACCAGGACGUUCAGUUGGAUUUAAUAGUCGAUUUGUAAGAGGUGAUGAUUCUAUUUUUAGUAUAGUAAUAGUGUAG